GCCCAAUAUUGCACUGAUCUGGUUUGUUUUGUUUCAAUGACUGCUGGGAAAAGUCUUAAAGGCAUAGGGUAUACUUCAUAUAAUCACUGCUUUCAGAAAGUCUCCAGUGCAAGUCCAACUGUUGCAGUGAAUCAAAAUAAAGAGGAAAAGAAAGAAGAAAAUGAAGCUGUGAACAGACAUCGGAAUGAUCUGCAGUGUGAGCCAAGCUUCAUAGAAGAUAGACUGAAGCUUUAUGAAGCACUGAAAAAAGAACAUGAUGCUUUGCUAGCUUACAGAGCGGCCAACCAGAGCAAACCUAUCAAAAUUAGUCUGGCAGAUGGAAAGAUGGCUGAAGGGGAAUCUUGGAAAACCACUCCAUAUCAAUUAGCUGUAGGAAUUAGUCAAAUGUUGGCUUCAAAUGCAGUCAUAGCCAAAGUGAAUGGUGAACUGUGGGACCUGGAUCGUCCACUGGAGGGAGAUUGUACUCUGGAGCUGCUUAUGUUUGAUAUUAAAGAAGCAAAAGCUGUUUAUUGGCAUUCAAGUGCUCAUAUUCUUGGAGAGGCCAUGGAAGGUUAUUUUGGGGGCUGCUUAUGCUAUGGACCACCAAUUGAGAACGGAUUUUAUUAUGACAUGUACACUGAAGACAGAGGUGUAUCUAGUACUGAAUUCCCACUACUAGAGAACCGCUGUAAAAAUAUCAUAAAAGAGAAGCAGCCUUUUGAAAGGCUGGAAGUCAAAAAGGAGAUCCUGUUAGACAUGUUCAAGUAUAACAAGUUUAAGUGUCGAAUUCUUAAUGAGAAGGUGAACACACCAACUACCACAAUAUACAGAUGUGGUCCGCUGAUUGAUCUCUGCAGGGGUCCACAUGUGAGACACACUGGAAAAAUUAAGGCCUUUAAAAUAUUUAAGAAUUCCUCUACGUAUUGGGAGGGAAAAUCUGACAUGGAAACUCUGCAGAGAAUAUAUGGAAUAUCCUUUCCUGAUAACAAAAUGAUGAAGGAAUGGGAAAAAUUCCAGGAAGAAGCCAGAAACCGGGACCAUAGGAAAAUUGGAAAGGAGCAAGAACUCUUCUUCUUUCAUGAUUUGAGUCCUGGAAGCUGCUUUUUCCUCCCCAGAGGUGCCUUUCUUUAUAACACACUUGUGGAUUUCAUACGAGAGGAAUAUCACAGGCGUAAUUUUACUGAAGUGGUAUCACCAAACAUCUUCAGCAGUAAACUCUGGGAAGCUUCAGGACACUGGCAGCACUACAGUGAAAAUAUGUUCUCUUUUGAGAUCGAGAAGGAGACUUUUGCCCUUAAACCAAUGAAUUGUCCAGGACAUUGCUUGAUGUUUGCCCAUCGUCCACGAUCCUGGAGGGAAAUGCCUCUUAGACUUGCAGAUUUUGGAGUUCUUCACCGAAAUGAACUCUCUGGGACUUUAAGUGGCUUAACUCGUGUAAGGCGCUUCCAACAAGACGAUGCUCACAUCUUUUGCACAAUAGAACAGAUUGAAGAAGAAAUUAAGGUUUGUCUUGAUUUCUUGAAGUCAGUGUAUGCUGUCUUUGGUUUUACCUUUCAACUACAUCUUUCUACAAGACCAGAAAAUUAUCUAGGAGAGUUAGAGAUCUGGGAUCAUGCAGAAAAGCAACUUCAAAACAGCUUGAAUAACUUUGGAGAGCAAUGGAAUUUGAAUCCAGGAGAUGGAGCAUUUUAUGGUCCUAAGAUUGAUAUUAAAAUCAAAGAUGCUAUUGGCAGGUACCAUCAAUGUGCUACUAUCCAGCUUGACUUCCAACUACCCAUUCGAUUUAAUCUUACUUAUGUUGGUAAGGAUGGCAACGAUAAGAAAAGGCCAGUGAUUAUUCACAGAGCUAUUUUGGGAUCUGUGGAGAGAAUGAUAGCUAUUCUAGCAGAAAAUUAUGGAGGAAAAUGGCCAUUCUGGCUGUCUCCACGGCAGGUCAUGGUUGUGCCUGUGGGACCUACUUCUGAAGAGUAUGCCCGGCAGGUUUGCAGCAAAUUUUUUGAAGCAGGAUUUAUGUCAGAUGUGGAUCUAGAUCAAAGUUGCACAUUAAACAAGAAAAUUAGAAAUGCACAGCUGGCCCAGUAUAACUUUAUCUUAGUGGUUGGAGAAAAGGAGAAAGCAAAUAAUGCUGUCAACGUGCGAACAAGAGACAACAAAGUUCAUGGAGAGAUUUCAGUAUCUUCUGCUAUUGAAAAACUCCAGAAAUUUAAGAGUUCACAUAUUCCAAAUGCAGAAGAAGAAUUUUGAUGUUGCUGUUCGGGAAAAAAAAUUAUUAGCUGCCCAUGUGAAACGGUGUUUCUUUCCUCCUGUACAGCAGUAAUGCUCAUCUGAGAGAAUUUUCAGUUAAUGGAUACACAAAAUAAGCAAAUGUAGCAAUGUUGGUUCUCCAGGAAUAGCAUGAGAGGGCAGAUGCAACUGCCAACUCCUUUGAGAAUCCCAUAGGAUUCCAAUCUGCACGAAUCGCAGAAUGCUUAUUUAAAAAGUCCUACACCUCUGCUAAAAUAUGUUGGUUUUGCUGUGGAAAUCAAUCAGGGCUGCACGAAGAGGAGGCUGGGAAGCGUACUGGCUGCUGCUGUGAUGGCUGAGCUACCUCGGUCACGUAGCAGUUGCAUAACUGACGUGACCUGGAAUCCAAAGCUUGGCAGUUGGUAGGUGCAUCAGCAGCAUUUUGGUUUAGUUUUUUUCUAACUCCAGAUUAUGUGACUUUUUUUUGGGGGGGGGGGGGGGGGGGAGGAAUAGCUUGAUUCUUUCUGAAUUUAUGUUCACAGGCUACAAAUACAUUGGUGUCUUUGUUGGAAAUCUCAGUGAAACAAGGCACUGAUUGAGUUGGUGUGAUAAUUGGUUGCUGUAAAGGUGGUUGCCAAGAAUGAAGUUGAAUUACUCACCAUAUCUGUGUGUGGAAAGUGUUUUAUUUUUUUCCUGUGUUUGCUGUUGAUUUGGCUUUUUUCUAAAACAAACCUACCUUUGAAAAAACUUUGUGUGUAAUUUAUUGCUGUAUUUGCUUGGGAUACUGAGAAUGCUGAAAAGGUGUGGUUGACAAUCUUCAUUUUAAAGUGCAACAUGUUGGAAUUUAAAUUGGCUGUAUUAAUCUGACUUGUUUAUGCUUAUAAAUGAUUUUAAAGUUACUGUUGCAGGCAACUG